AUGGCCAGCUCCGCCGUUACUCCAGCAUGGCUUGUUAUCCUUCUUGUCGGCGUUUAUCCUUACAACGUCUACAAAGAGGCGCCAGUGUACGUAGCGGGGCCCAGGAGGGGCAAUUAUUCUUCAUUGAAAUAUAACAGAACCAAAAUAGAUAUACGAAAAAUUAGACAACAACGUUUUCAUACGCCGACACAGAGAGACAUCGAACGGAACGUUUCAAUUGAAUGGGACUAUACAGAUUUCAGUCUUCAGUUUAAAAAUAUUGGUGGUCCAGCCUUCAAACUCAGGAGAGCUCCUCGUGCCACACACGGGGAGCCAUGGCCUUUACCACAGACCUACCGGACAAACAAAGAACAAGUGUACCGAAUUGAUCCGCACUCAUUCAAUAUCAAGGUGGAGAAUUAUUCGUGUGUUAAUUUAGAGAAAGCUAUCCAACGUUACAAAGAUUCCGUAUUUAAAUUCGCUUCCGAAGAAAAUUAUGACAAUUUGAAAUAUUUGAAAAAUGGUGGAUUUGAUAAAGACAUUCUAAAUUUGAGAAAAAUUCACGAAGAUGCCACGCCCAUUACGUGGAUGUCAGUGGUGCUUAAAGAAACCUGCUCAAGUCAAAUGCACGAGUCUUCCAACGAAACUUAUUCGCUAUUGGUUAAGCCGUUUGGGAUCUUCUUGAGAGCUAUCGAUGUGUGGGGCGCCUUGAGGGGACUCGAGACCUUCAGCCAGAUAGUAUAUAAACGGCAGAAUCAGUUUUAUAUAAAAGACACAGUAAUAGAAGACUUUCCAAGAUUUUCUCACCGGGGCAUCCUUAUCGAUUCCUCAAGACAUUUCAUUAAAAAGAGCGUCAUUUAUGACGUCAUCGAAGGUAUGGUACAGAAUAAGAUGAACGUUCUACAUUGGCACAUGGUAGAUGAUCAGUCUUUUCCGUACGUUAGCCGGACCUUCCCAAAUCUCUCUGACAAGGGCGCUUACCAUCCAUCUUUAGUUUAUAAAGCGAAGGACAUUGCUGAUAUAAUUGAGUUUGCCCGGAUACGAGCAGUCAGAGUCAUUCCUGAAUUCGAUACUCCAGGUCACACGUUUUCUUGGGGGUUUGGUCACCCAGAGGUCCUUACCCAGUGUUACAGAAACUACCGAAAAGUAGCAGGCUAUCUAGGUCCCAUGGACCCAAGCAAAAACUAUACAUUCGAAUUUCUCAAUAAACUAUUCCAUGAGCUAUUCGAUGUAUUCAAGGAUCGUUCCAUUCAUCUAGGAGGGGAUGAAGUGUCUUUAACGUGCUGGGCUUCAAACCCGGACGUGAAAUAUUUACUCUCUACUAUGAACGAUCUUUGGAACACAACUUUAAGGAUUAGGGAUCCAAUGGUAAAGGUGUGGAACUAUUUCGUAAGAAGGUUAACCGAUAAUCUUAAAGAUAUGUCUCGGGAACAAGGUCGAGAGAAACGCUUCAUUAUGUGGGAGGAGGCCAUGCGAAAUCGAUUAAAGAUUCCCAAAGACACGAUUAUCCAGAUCUGGUUGGGCAAUAUACGGGAGGUCCAACAGGCAAUAGAUCGAGGCCAUCAAGUCAUCUACAGCACAUGCUGGUAUCUAGACUGGGUUGACCACGGUGUACAUUGGCCAAAGUAUUACCGAUGUGACCCAAACCCAGUUCGAACAGGCAAGCAAUCCAGAGAAAAAAUGAUCCUUGGAGGAGAAGCUUGUCUCUGGAGCGAGUACAUCACUAACGAAAACGUCAUCAGUCUGCUUUGGCCGAGGGCGUCCGCUGUGGCAGAAAGGCUUUGGAGCAGUAGAAGUGUUACAGAUGUACUAUCGGCGUCUGCUCGUCUGCAGGAACACAGGUGUCGCAUGCUUAGGCGUGGACUUCCUGUAGGAUAUAUCAGUGGCCCUGAUUACUGUGUGCCGCCUUCACAGAAAGACGACCCAAAUAAGAAAGGAACGGAGUCCGUCACCGAGUCCUCUGGGAACCAUAUCCACGCACUUCGUCUCCGCUCCAAACCAGUCCUGUGGAUAAGCUGUACAAAUGAUCUUGAGACCGCCAGUCUGCUUAUAUCACUAAUUGGGGUAUUAAUGGUGCUAAUGAUGUUUGGGUUUCGGCUCCGAAGUUUCGUGUAUCGACUUAUCUGAACAUUGUUGAAUUUAUAUAAAACGUUUCAUUUCUUUACAUUAAAUCCAUUAAAUUUUAUAAAUAUUAA